UUAUCUGGUCAUUAUAAUGGCGAUAACCUUAGCAAAACAAAUGUAAAAAUGUGGUGGUUUUGAUUUUUAGACAAGAUCUAGUUUAGAUCUGAUCCAAAAGGUUUACAUUACAUUCACUCAUGAAAUUAUCGCCUGAAUGUAGAUUCUGGAUCUAAACAUCAGUGUAAAAUCUGUAAAGAAAUAUUUCUAAUUCUGCCUGUAACUAUGAACAGCUUAAGCCAAAGGCUGUGUCGAUUGGCUGUUAGUCAGCUGCAGCUAUGUGGAAUGCAACAACACUCUGUUAGAGAGCUACAUCAGUCUGUUAAUUGCUUAAAAAACUUUCACUCCCGACUGCCGGAAAAUACCAAAAUUGGACGUCACAGAUUUGAAGCGAAAGUUGAUUUAUCAAAGUAUACGUUAAAACCACUUAAAGUGGCCAAAACAGGAGGAAGAGGGCCUGAUGGAAGAAUUUGGGUUCACAGAGUUGGAGGUGGUGACAAACUGGUGUACAGAAUGAUAGAUAAUAAAAGAAUUGGACCAAAAGAUGGUGAACCAUUUGCUGAAAGAGUCAAUACUAUAAUGAAAGAUCCUUGUCGCUCUGCUCAUAUUGCUGUUGUUGCUGGGGGUAAUAGCAAACGCUAUAUCAUUGCUCCAGAAGGUGUGAAAGAAGGGGAUAUUAUCAGAACAUAUGGCAAACUCACAAGCAUGCCAGUUCGGGCAUCUGUUGGUGAUUCUCAUCCUAUUGGCUCUCUACCAUUGGGCUCUAUCGUCCACAAUAUUGAAAAGUUUCCUGGAGGUGGUGGAGUUGUUGCUUUAUCUGCUGGAACUGCUGGUGCUUUUGUCCGUAAAAUUGGUGAUAGGUGUGUGGUGCGCAUGCCUUCAAAAAGAGAAUUAGUAAUAUCUGAGAAAUGUAUGGUCACAGUAGGACGUGUGUCUAACCCUGAUCAUAAGAAAAAUAGCAAAAUGAGAAAGGCCGGAGAGAACAGGUGGCGUGGUAAACGACCAAAGAGUGGUUGGUGGCAAAGAAAAACUGGUUACCAUGGCAGGAAAAUUCGUCCUAUUAAACCACCUGUCAUAGUUUCUGGGCGUCCUCGUCGAAGACGUGAGGUUUUUAGAUUAAUUGUUUAAAACAUCAUUUUCUAUAUAAAUUAAAGCUCAUAGUUACCAUUUCAGCACUGCUAUAUUAGCAGAAAGUGUAUUUGUGAACUGUUUCUUGGUUAACACAUUUAUAAGAGAAACAAGCAGUGAAUGGAGUGAAUGAACUUAAUAACCUGAAUUCAUUAUACUAUAACACCUACAAAUAAAUGGUUCUUGCUUUA